AAAAUGUAAAUUGCUAGCACUUUGGGGCAGGGACUUCAUAGGUAGCGGCUUUGCCCAUUGCUGGGCCAUUGGUCCAUCUAGCUCAUUGGUUUAUUUACUUAUUUACUCACUACAUUGAUAUCCCACUGUUCCCUUCUUCCAAGGAGAUCAGAGUAGUGGACACGGUUAUCGUUAUCCUCACAGCAACCCUGUGGGGUAGCUUAGGCUGAGAGAGAAGGGACUGGCCCAGAGUCAUCCAGCAAGUCUCAUGGCUGAAUGGGGAUUUGAACUUGGGUCUCCCCGGUCCCAGUCCAGCACUCUAACCACUACACCACGCUGACUGUCAUGGAUCGACCUGUCCGCUAUGAAUUGACCGGGUAAGAAGAGUGCCUUGCCUUGCUGUAUCUCUUGCUUCUCAUCUGCCAACCAAGACGGCGUCUCUGUGAGUUGAAUCCCUCCAUAAAUGUGCAUCAGAAGAGCUGAGUUGGAGAAAGAGGGGAAGGGAGUAAGAGAUCUGAACGCUGGCACAAACGAGACUGAGAGAGCCAUCGCUACACAUUCCAGAAAUAAAAGCUGGAGCCAUGGAGAGCUUCCCUUCAGAAGCAAGACCAGGAAAUUCAGAACUCCACAACCCAGAGAGCCAUUUGGGAGAGGGGGAUUUCGGAAGCUCCCGUAGUCUCUACACAUCAACAGAGAGCUGAACUUCCAUUCAGGACAUCCUGAUAGGUGGGGACUCUCUGUGGUCAUUGCUAGGUGUUGAGGGAAAUGCACUCUGCACAUGCUCAGGAAUACUCACGUUGGGUUUUGGCCUUGGAAUUGAGAGGUGGCGCUGAGAAUUAAUUCCAGUCCUGGGCCCCCAUGACCCCAGUGCCAAAUUAGCUCUUCCGUCUCACUUCCGGACAGAAUGUUUACUGAGCUGAUGUACGCAGCUGUCCUAUUUCUCUCUAUCAUAACAAAUGAGGACGCCCGCUCAGAUGUUAUUUUGCUGUGAGGCUGCCAUACAUCUUAUUACUACCCAAUGGAGCCUGUGAUGUAUGGGGACAGGUCUCGCUUUCUUCCCUUCCCUCGAUGAUUGCACAGCAGACAGACAGCAACAGGCCUGACGACAUUCUCGGAGACCCACCGGAGGUCUAUUGCACAUCCUGUUUGAUCAGCACCUGACACCAACCUUUCCAAAAAGGAGGAUGGUGAACAUUGUUGAUCUGCCAGAAGACAUCUUGCUGGACGUGCUGACUUGGGUCCCUGCCAAGGACCUGGUUCUCUCGUGCCGGCUGGUCUGCUCCCACUGGCGAGACCUGGUGGACCUACCCACACCAUGGAAACGCAAAUGCCAGAAGGAGGGCUUUUACUCCCUGCAGCUGGACCGGAGUGUCCAAGACUGGAGGGCCGCCUAUUUUCUGUUCAGCCUGAGAAGAAAUUUAAUCAAAAACCCCUCUGCUGAAGAGGGAUUUAACUUCUGGGAAAUCCAGUCGAAUGGAGGGCACGAAUGGAAGGUUGAGACGAUACCUGGAGACCAUGGGACGGAUUUUCCAGAUCCGCAUGUUCGGAAAUACUUUGUCACGUCUUUCGAGGCCUGCACGAAGCAGCAGCUCAUCAGCUUGAAAGAAGAAGGCUACUGGGACCAGCUGAUGGACGAAGCCAAGCCUGCGAUUGUGGUGCACGACUGGUACGCUGCCCGGCGUGACUGUGGCUGCAGUUACCAGUUGAGCGUGAAGCUGCUGUCUUCAGACUACAUUGUCCUUGAAGAGUUUUCUCCCGAGGACGUGGUCAUAGAGCAGUGGAGCGACGCAGAAUGGCACAAGGUUUCGCACACCUUUCGGGACUACCCUUCCGGGGUCCGCUACCUUCUCUUCUGGCACGGAGGCCAGGACACGCAGUAUUGGGCCGGCUGGUAUGGCGUCCGGGUAACCAACAGCAGCGUCACGAUUACUCCCGACGUCGUGGGGUGAAGAUUGGUGGUGCUUGGCUGACUCCGAUAGAUUUGCAGCCCUCUUUCUCUUUCUCUUGUGGACAACGCUUCUCUUCCCAUAAAUAACGCGUAUGCCAGUGGUGGUCAGGUUAA